AUGACUCUGGCUAUGAACCAUCGUGCAGCACUAACAGUUCAAUCUCCAAAGAAACAAGCUCUGUUAGUGAGUUAUCAAGCUCAACCUCAAGAGAAACAAAUUGCUAAUUAUUACAAUAGCUAUGCUACCUUCCAAACUCCUAAAUCUAACGACAUUCUGACAAAAUUUCGAGAAUUGUGGUGGAUCCAAGGGAAUAUACAUCCGAGUGCAAAAUGGGAAGAAGCUUCAUUACCCUAUAUGCUGAAAAGUGAUGUUGAUUGGGAGAAAUAUUCAGAGCGAACUGAUAUGUUUAAUGUGCAUGGAAGUUGGGAGUGGAUAGAUGGGAAAGUUUAUGUCUAUGAAUUACCUUUAGGUCCUCAUGAGACUUUUUCUGAAGCAAUUAAAGGAGAGAUUCGUUUGAAAGAUCCAGAAAGAAUGCUUAUUGCUUUAGGAUCUGUUCUAAAUUCAAAUGGACGUGAAGGCCCUAAUUCUCGUAAACCGUGGCCCGAUCUUGCAAUAGAAGUCGCCUCCUCGGAAACUGAAAAACAUUUAUUAAGUGCAGUAAAAGAUUAUUGGCUCUAUCCAGGUAGAGCUCAUGAUGCAAUUGCAGUAAACUUAGUACGAUCUGGUACAAUUAUUUCAAAAAUUAAAAUAUGGCAUUUUUGCACAAAUGACAGGACACCAAUGGGGAACUUAGUACCAAUUUCGAAAUUUGAGUUCGAAACCAUUGACGAUAACGACCAAAUUCUUAUUGAGCCUCAACAAUAUUAA